AUGCAUCGGCUCAGCAGUUAUGAAACACCCCGAUUAGGAUGGGAGGGAUAUGCUACACUCGAGUGUAUUUCGCGUUCAGAUCUAGCUUUACAGGAAGUUCUUGAUGCUAACCUGUUCGAUUUUAUAAGCGAUGAAGCUCUGCCUGACGACUGUGUGGUGAAAGACUCACAAGAAGAGGACACUGCUGAAAACUUUAUUGACAUUGCCACUGAUGCAGUCGCCGCUUUCGAGAAUCUUUCCAUACCAGUUACUAAAACGUCCGCACGAGAAGAGCAUGAAGAAGUGGAAGCAUUUUCGAAAGUUAAUGACUUUAUGCCAUCAUUUCCAUUUGUGCUGCCUGGUUUCAGCAUGCGAACUCCUCUGCAACAAAAUCUGGCGUACUCGAAUCUCCCAUCAGUCAUAAGACCAAAAAUCGAUGACGUAAGAGAACGUCACUUCCGUGCUGCUAAAGGCAACGAGGUUGCUUUCUCAGUCGACGGAUCUCCCAUCGUUGUCUUGCCUCCUCCUACUGUUGAUCAAUCCACUACGCUAAUGAAGCAGAUUAUUGAGAGUGAGGAGGACGCGUUUUCUCCAAAUUCGCGAGAGGUCGUGUCAAUGUUCAAGUCACUGAUGAGAAGGAAGAUGGCGGAAGCCGAAAGUGGAGAUCAUCCACAGGAAUUGGAUUGA